AGUCAAUUGGUUCACGAAAAGAAAACCGGUUAGCAUGUACACAAUCAUUAAGCAAACCGGCCAACGUGUGAAAGCAAAGGGUGGUCACACAAAAGCGCGUGGUAGUAGAUAUGGCGAUUCCAAUUCCCAAUCAAAUCGGGAAGACGAAGAAGUUCCUCUGAUAUUGGCAUACGAAUCUCUGAAUCGUGAUUCUCGGCUCCAUUCAUCUUUCCCCCACUCUCUCUCUCCGACGCUUCUCGUCGGAAACUAGGGAUUCAGUUUAUUCUCCAGAUCCGGAGAGAGACUUCCGAUUUCGCGGACGGCGUUGAUUCGAUUUUCGUGCGAUAAUGAAGCACAAGAGCCAGCAGCAGAAGAGGAAGAAGAAGAGGUCUUCCGGCGGUGGAGCGGCGGCGUCAGACGGGAACAAAAAAGACGUGGAGGAAGAAGAGAGGAAGGACGUUGGAGGAGAAUCAGAAAAAGUCGAAAAGCAAAAUAUCGAUUCGUUGAUGGAAGCCUUCUGCUCCGUUUCGGUGGAGGAAGCGACGGCUGCUUAUAGAGAAGCGGGAGGAGAUCUGAACAGAGCAGCGGACGUUUUGUCGAAUCUGGUGGAUGAUGAUCCGUCCACGAUCUCGGUCGCGAGCGGGUCCUCGGGUCAGGAGACCGGGUCUACCUCUGAGUACGGGGCUGGGUCAAGCUCGAGCUGCGGGGAGGAUUUGACGAGAGAGAGGUGGUUUAAGGGAGGGAAGCAGAAUAGAGUUAUUGCUGCCACGGGGAUGGUGUCUUCUGUGAUUGCAAAGGAUUACUUGAAGAAGAAAGAGUUUCCUUUGGCUGAAAGGUCUUAUGAGGUUUGUGGGAACGGGAAGAAAGCUGGGGAUAGAGAGAAAGCUGAACAGUUUCUGAGUUCAAUGCUUGGAGAUGAUUGUGAGCUUAGCAUGGCUGUUGUUAGAGAUGUCCUCUGUCAAUGUGGCUACGAUGUUGACAUGGCCUUGAAUGUCUUGCUUGACAUGUCUUCUUCAUCAACUGAUGAUUCUCUAAGUGGUAGAUGUUCCGGCAUAGGAUUCAGCGAUAGUCAGCCGGCCGAGUCAUCAUUUGAUAUUGAUACUUCCGAAAGUGAACCAAGUUUCUGGGGAGGCUAUAGUCAAAGGGAUUACUCGAAAGCUCUCAUGAGUUCUGCAGAUCCUUUUGCAACUAGCCAAGGAAGUUCUGCAGAUCCUUUUGCUACUAGCUACGGAAGUUCUGAUUCUGAGCCUUGUCUUCCUCAAAAGGUGUUGGAGUCUCUGUUCAACAUUCCCCGGAGUCCUAAACACGAACCAAAGGCGAUGAAUUGGAGAAAUGUCGCAAAGAAAAUGCAAUCACUUGGUAGCAUUGAUGGUUCUUCUUCUAGUGGAGAAGGGUCUCAGCCUAAUACUUUAGUGAAGGAUGAUGGAUAUCAUGAACUUAGAAAAGGUGCAAAUGACCAGUGGAAUGUGACUAAGUCCUACUAUCAAAAAGUUAGUUUUACAUGUUUCCAUAUCUCUAGCAAUGGUGGACGCCUUAACAAAACACCAUCUAAUGAAUUUGUUACUUGGUCGAAGGCUGCAGAAGCAUAUUCGAAAGGAGGGAGGGCUCAUGCGGCUUACCUUUCUGAGAAGGGGAGAGCAGCAUCUAAACUAGCUCAACGGGCAGAUGAGAGGGCAAGCAAAGAUAUAUUCGUUGCGAGGUUAGCUGUUUUAAGGCAUUAUGGGAGUAAUGCUGAUACGCUUUCACCUUUCAUCUUGUUGUGGACUAAGCCAUCGUUGCAUCUAUAUAAAUGCAGAAACAAGGGCAUAGAGAAUGUGAUAACCAUUGAUCUGCAUGGUCAGCACGUUAAACAAGCAAUGAAGCUCUUGAAGAUGCAUCUCUUACUCGGAUCAUAUGUCCCUUCCAUCCAGACACUACGAGUGAUCACAGGAUGUGGGUCUCAUGGGUUUGGGAAGUCAAAAGUGAAACAAUCGGUGACAAACCUGCUAGAAAGGGAAGGAGUUAGGUAUUGUGAAGAGAACAAAGGGACAUUGCUGAUCAAGCUUGAGGGAUGUAGUAGAGAGUUCAGUUUCUUAGACACAGAGAGUGACUCUGAGUAAGUUAAAACUAAAAUUAAACUCAAUGUUUUAGCUUUAGAUCACAAAACUAUGUCUCUCUGUCUAUAUCCCAUGCUAGCUCUGUGUGUUAAGUAAAUGUUGACCAAAACCUCGCUUAAUCCUUCUAUUUUCAAGUUAUUUAAGAUU